AGGGCUGGCGGCGCUGCUGGACCCCUAGGUGGCAGAGGGACGCUCCGGGGAGGCGAGGGGAGUCCCGAGCUCUGGCCCACGUGACCCGGCGGGGGCGGGGGGCGCGCUCCCGCCUCCCGCGGUGCCCCUGCCUGGCACGGCGCGCAGACCCGCCUGGGGGAGGGGCCGUGACCGCCCUCCUGUCGCCUGAGGCGGCCGCUGCCGCAGCUUCGUCGCGCAUCCCGGACCCGCCGGCCCGCGGGAGAAAUGUUGCUGAAGUGCUGCUGAAAGGGCCAGAGAUGCAAGGAUUUGGGACACAUUUUGAACCUAUAAGCUGUCUGACAUUGACCUCCUUUCAUUAUUAAUAAAGAAGAAGCAGGAGCUUAGGCUGUAUUAACACCAACUCAUUAAUAUACUAACCGGACAUGUUCUGCAAACAAUUCUGCACUCUAAAGAACUGGAUUUGCACAAAAUAAAAUAAUUUCAUAUUUUACUGAGUUUAUAAUAUGACUCGAUGGAGGAAAAUUUGAUAAGCAUGAGGGAAGACCAUUCUUUUCAUGUUCGUUACAGAAUGGAAGCUUCUUGCCUAGAGCUGGCCUUGGAAGGGGAACGUCUGUGUAAAUUGGGAGAUUGCCGAGCUGGUGUAUCAUUCUUUGAAGCUGCAGUUCAAGUUGGAACUGAAGACCUAAAAACACUUAGCGCUAUUUACAGCCAGCUGGGCAAUGCUUAUUUCUAUUUGCAUGAUUAUGCCAAAGCAUUGGAAUACCACCAUCACGAUUUAACUCUUGCAAGGAGUAUUGGAGACCAGUUGGGGGAAGCCAAAGCUAGUGGUAAUCUGGGAAACACCUUAAAAGUUCUUGGGAAUUUUGACGAAGCUAUAGUUUGUUGUCAGCGACACCUAGAUAUUUCCAGAGAGCUUAAUGACAAGGUGGGAGAAGCAAGAGCACUUUAUAACCUUGGAAAUGUGUAUCAUGCCAAAGGGAAAAGUUUUGGCUGCCCUGGUCCCCAGGAUGUAGAAGAGUUUCCAGAAGAAGUGAGAAAUGCUCUGCAGGCAGCUGUGGAUUUUUAUGAGGAAAACCUGUCAUUAGUGACUGCUUUGGGUGAUCGAGCAGCUCAAGGACGUGCCUUUGGAAAUCUUGGAAACACACAUUACCUCCUUGGCAACUUCAGGGAUGCGGUUAUAGCUCAUGAGCAGCGUCUCCUUAUUGCAAAAGAAUUUGGAGAUAAAGCGGCUGAAAGAAGAGCAUAUAGCAACCUUGGAAAUGCAUAUAUAUUUCUUGGUGAAUUUGAAACUGCCUCUGAAUACUACAAGAAAACACUACUGUUGGCUCGACAGCUUAAAGACAGAGCUGUAGAAGCACAGUCUUGUUACAGUCUUGGAAACACAUAUACUUUACUUCAAGAUUAUGAAAAGGCCAUUGAUUAUCAUUUGAAGCAUUUAACAAUUGCUCAAGAGCUAAAUGAUAGAAUUGGUGAAGGAAGAGCAUGUUGGAGUUUAGGAAAUGCAUACACAGCUCUAGGAAAUCAUGAUCAAGCAAUGCAUUUUGCUGAAAAGCACUUGGAAAUUUCAAGAGAGGUUGGGGAUAGAAGUGGUGAACUAACAGCACGACUGAAUCUCUCAGAUCUUCAAAUGGUUCUUGGUCUGAGCUACAGCACAAAUAAUUCCAUAAUGUCUGAAAAUAUUGAAAUUGAUAACAGUUUGCAUGGUGCACGCCCAAAGUUGGGACGCCGACACAGUAUGGAAAAUAUGGAACUUAUGAAGUUAACACCAGAAAAGGUACAGAACUGGAAAAGUGAAAUUCUUGCUAAACAAAAACCUCUUAUUGCCAAACCUUCUGCAAAACUACUCUUUGUCAACAGACUGAAGGGGAAGAAAUACAAAACUAGUUCCUCCACUAAAGUUCUCCAAGAUGCCAGUAAUUCAAUUGACCACCGAACUCUGAAUUCUCAGAGGAAAAUCAGUGCAGAUACUAUUGGAGAUGAAGGAUUCUUUGACCUAUUAAGCCGAUUUCAAAGCAAUAGGAUGGAUGAUCAAAGGUGCUGCUUACAAGAAAAGAAUUGCCAUACAGCAUCAACAGCAACUUCUUCCACUCCCCCCAAAAUGAUGCUAAAAAUGCCAUCUGUUUCUGUGGUGUCCCCCAACACAGAUGAGUUUUUAGAUCUUCUUGCCAGCUCACAGAGCCGCCGUCUGGAUGACCAAAGGGCCAGUUUCAGUAAUUUACCAGGGCUUCGUCUGACACAAAACAGUCAGUCAGUACUUGGCCACCUAAUGACUAAUGACAACAAAGAGCCUGAUGAAGACUUCUUUGACAUCCUUGUAAAAUGUCAAGGAUCCAGAUUAGAUGAUCAAAGAUGUGCUCCACCCCCUGUUGCCACAAAGGGUCCAACAGUACCAGAUGAAGACUUUUUUAGCCUUAUUUUACGGUCUCAGGCGAAAAGAAUGGAUGAACAGAGAGUUCUUUUACAGAGAGAUGAAAACAGAGACACUGAAUUUGGACUAAAGGACCUUUUACAAAGUAAUGCUUUGUUGGAAUUUAAAAAUUCAGGAAAAAAAUCAGUAAACCACUAGUUACUGUGGAAAUUUUUUUUAAGAAAAGACCUUAUUUCCUUUCAGAACACUGCAGGGAAAAUCUAUUACUUUUUUUCUUAAAGGGAGAAUUUAUAGCACUGUAAUACAACUUAAAAUGUUUUUAGACUGAUGUAAAUAUUUAGCCUCCAAUAGUGUAGUAUUAAGGAAUUAAUUCCUCUGGACAUUCACUUAUUUCAAGGUGGAGGUGUCCUAUAAGGUGCUUCAUCAAUUUUCUGUAAUUAUUGCUUGGGACUGUGUUCUUUGGUAACUUUUUAAGAUUCCUUUACCUAGUGUUUGUAAAAUAGGAAGUUAAAUGAAUCCUAGAGUUUAAUCUUCUUGAUCAGUUUCAAAAAUCUUAAUUGACUAUGGCAUUUUUUUAAAUACUUAA